UUCCGCAUGCUUGCCCACGUGACAUUGACGUUUGCAGAUCGCCAAAUUGUGUUGGUAUCGCAACGACGGGACGGUUUGUAGCCGUUUUUUAGCUUUGUGUGACCGUUGAAAUACUUGUACUUCUGAGACAAGGCGUGCGAAGAUUUUGUAGGAGCUUCGAUUGACUAACACAAAGCGAAAUAUGCCUAGGUCGAGAUAUGGACAUCGGGACCGCUCGGAAAGCAGCGAUUCCAGGAGCAGUGCGGAUCGCCAUAGGAAGCGCAGGAAGGUAUCCAGAAGCGGUGGUCACGGUAGCGGGCACCGUGACGCUAGUCCGACGUCGAGAAACUGCCGCCGCCGCCACCGACGGCAGCGGCACAGCUCGUCGGAGUCUUAUAGCCAACAGCGGCGUCGCCGGCGUAGCACGCGCCGCCGGGAGCCCGACCAGCAUAGCUCUCGGGUGAGUAGGGUUUAUUUUGGGAGUUCCGGGGGAGAAUCUGUUAGGAGCAUGUCGACGUCCCCACGAAGGAGGCCCCCCAGCGUGGAAGAUGACCAAGAUGGCCACCUGGUGUACCGGCUUGGAGACUUGCUGCAGGAUCGAUACAAGAUCGAUGCCACCCUCGGGGAGGGCACUUUUGGAAAAGUGGUCAAGGUCGUCGACAUGCAUACGAAUGAGACAUUGGCAUUAAAGAUAAUAAAAAAUGUCGAAAAGUACCGUGAAGCUGCUAAGCUGGAAAUAAAUGUGUUGGAGAGGCUGGCAUCAUGGGAUCCAGAAGGCAGACACUUAUGUGUGCGUAUGCUGGACUGGUUCGAUUACCACGGUCACAUUUGCAUAGCGUUUGAGAUGCUCGGACUCUCGGUUUUUGACUUCCUGAAGGAUAACCACUAUCAACCUUACCCCUUGGAACAAGUGCGACAUAUUGGGUACCAACUGUGUUACUCUGUUAUGUUUCUUCACAAAAAGCAGCUCACACACACUGACCUCAAGCCAGAAAACAUUCUGUUUGUCAACUCGGAUUAUGAUAUCACCUACAAUGCCAAAAAGAAGAGGGACGUGCGACGAGUGAAGGACACCCGCAUUAAGCUAAUUGAUUUUGGUUCCGCAACCUUUGACGAGGAGCAUCACUCCACCAUUGUGUCGACACGGCACUACCGGGCACCUGAGGUGAUCCUCGAGCUUGGUUGGCAGCAGGCAUGUGACGUCUGGAGCGUUGGCUGCAUCCUCUUUGAGCUGUACCUGGGUGUGACCCUAUUCCAAACACAUGACAAUAGAGAGCAUCUGGCCAUGAUGGAACGCAUUCUCGGGCCCAUUCCCUACCGAAUGUGUCGGAAGACAAAGACAAAGUACUUCUACCACGGCCACCUCGACUGGGACGAGAAGAGCUCUGCAGGGCGAUAUGUCAAGGAGAACUGUAAACCGCUGCGACGUUACAUGACACUCGAUGACGAGGACAACCGGCAGCUCUUUGAUCUCAUCUCACGCAUGUUGGAGUACGAGCCCUCACAGCGCAUCACUUUACGAGAGGCCUUGGAGCAUCCAUUCUUUGCACCUCUCCCUAAUAAGUUACAUAUGGGGAGCCCUCCUAGAGAGCACAGCCUCAGCAGGUGACACGACAUGUACAUCUGGCCCAUGUAGAUACGCCCUCCAAUAAAUGCUAUUUUAUCUGC